AUGUCAACGGAGAACUUGAAGAAAAAGAAUCUGGAUUCAAGACAAGUAUACAUUCCUAUACACAAACGUAAGGAAAUAGUAGAAAAGAAUAUCACAAAAACAUCGUCUACUGCUGAAGGAUGUAAUCAGCAACCUAAACAAAAUACAAACAUAAGGAGAAAAGGCAGAGGGCAAUUCAAAGCACCAGAUAUUACCCAUACUUGUACAAAUACACAAACUUCACCAAAUAUUGAUAAUGAGGCAGAAAGUAAUGAUUCUACAAAAGACAAUUUUCAAGAAGAGGAUGAAGAUAUAAAUAAAAUAACAUCAAUGAUGAAAGGCACAAGUUUAAACGAAGAAUCUUCAAGAAAAGAAACGCGUAGACCACGGACUACAGAUGCGGUAGCCAGGAGAUUAAUUGGGCAUGCUCUAGGAAUAAAAAUGACCAAGACUCCUGAGCAGAAACAGGUAGAUGAUGCUUUAUUACGUACAACUAGAGAGAGACGUCAACAAGAAAAGGAAUGUAUGAAUGAUAAAAAAUGA